AGGACACAACAAAGGUGCGGUGAACAUGAUGCUGAGAGAAGUGAAUAGAAAAUGAUUUGUAUUAUGCAAAUGGAGAUUCAGGAUUCUUAUGAAAACAAUCGUGUUAAUUUUUCUCCGUGGUUACUAGAGCGCAGUGAAUCACAGUUCAGCCAUGUCGUCAUGCUGCCAGAGAGUAACAAGGAAUUUAGCAAACAGUCCAGGUCAGUUUGACUGAGAAGGCUGCUGCAUUCCUCUGACUUCCUGCACAAAGGAGGCAAGCACAGAACACAGUAAAGGUCAGACUCUGCAGAGCAGGAUGUCCAAAGAAGAUGUCGAAUCUGGCCUCACAUGGGAGGUGAAGGCAAACAGCCGUCACUAUCACAAACACAAACAGAGGAAAUCUUUCCUGUGCUUCACCUGGGGACGAUACUCGGACAAUGUGGUGCGCAGCCACAAGUACUCCCUCCUGACUUUCCUCCCCCUGACGCUAUUUGAGCAGUUCCAGCGAGCUGCUAAUAUCUACUUCCUCCUCAUGGUGGUGUUGCAGUGUGUCCCUGCCAUCUCCUCCAUACCUUGGUACAUCACCAUCAUCCCACUCUUGGUUGUGCUCUCUGUGAGAGGAUUCAAAGAUUUAGCCGGUGACCUGGCAAGGCGACGCUGUGACUCGGAGAUUAACUCCCGACCCUGUGACGUACUCUUCUCCCAGAGUUUUAUGACAGCACAGUGGAAAGAUCUGUGUGUUGGAGAUGUGUUGAGGAUCCGCAGAGACCAAAUCAUGCCUGCUGAUCUUCUUCUGCUUUCCAGUUCUGAGCCUCAUAGCUUGUGUUAUGUGGAGACUGCUGAUAUUGAUGGUGAGACCAACCUUAAAUACCGGCAGGCGCUGGGUGCAACACAUAAUGAGCUGACCUCUCACCCUUCAGAGGAGGCCCUUGGAGCCUUCAAUGGUGUUGUGCUCUGCGAGGAACCCAACAAUCGCCUGUACACUUUCAGAGGUCAGCUACAAUGGCAAGGAGAGUGCUUCCUCCUGGAAAACGAACAUAUCCUCCUGAGGGGAACUGUCCUACGCAACACAGACUUUGCCUACGGCCUGACGAUAUACACCGGCACAGACACAAAAAUCCUGAGAAACUGCGGGAAACUGAGAGUAAAAAGAACUCAACUGGAGGAAGUUUUCAACAAAGUGGUAAUUGGGAUUGUCCUGUCGGUUCUGCUGGCUGCUGUGCUCCUUGCCAUCGGUGCAGGCGUGUCUUCAUAUCAGGCCAUGACCAAAACAUCGUUCCUGUCUGCUCUGGUGAUUGAUGGCAAACCAGCUUACAAUGGAUUCCUCGUCUACUGGAGUUACAUCAUCCUUCUCAGCCCGGCCAUGCCCAUUGCGCUCUACAUCACGUUUGAGUUGAUACACACAAUUCACAGCAAGUUUAUUGGCUGGGAUUUGGAGAUGUAUUGGCAACAGACAGACAAACCUGCAGAAGCCAGGAAUACCUCACUGAGUGAGGAGCUCGGCCAAGUAGGUUACCUGCUGAGUGACAAAACUGGCACGUUAACCCAGAAUCGCCUGCUCCUCAGACAAUGCUGCAUCGCCGGAGAAGUCUACGGUGACGCUUCAGUCAGUGCAGAGGAUGUAAAGCCCAUGGAUCUGAGCUGGAACCCGUUCUCCAGUGGUGGCCUGCGCAUGUUCUCUCCCACACUAGUGGAGACGCUCAGAGGACAGCGGUGUCCAGUCACCACACAGUUCCUGUCUGCGCUGGCUCUGUGUCACACCGUCAUGGCAGAGUGGAAGGAAGGAUCCCUGGUUUACCAGGCUGCAUCACCAGAUGAAGAAACUCUUGUUGGGGCUGCCAGGGAGCUUGGCUGGGUGUUUCUUUCCAGAACAAGAGAUUUUGUUGUUGUUUCAGAGCUGGGUGCCACUCGCCAGUAUCAGCUGCUGGCAUUGUUGGACUUUACCAGCAAAAGGAGGCGGAUGUCUGUCCUAGUACGUGACCCACAGGGUGGGUUGAAACUUUACUGUAAAGGAGCAGAUGUAGUAAUACUGGAGAGACUUCAGAAGAACUGUCCACAUAAGGAAAGCAAUGAAAUAGCAUUAGAGCUGUUUGCUGAGGCCUGUCUGAGGACGCUGUGUGUUGCGGUUCGAUCUGUUCCUGAGGCAUUGUGGGAGCAGUGGAGUAGGACUCUGGCCCUGUCUGCUGCCAUGGCGACCUGUGAGCGUGACACCCUGCUGGAGAAGCUGUAUGAUGAGAUGGAGAGAGAUCUGCUGCUUCUGGGGGUGACGGCAAUUGAGGACCGGCUCCAGGAGGGAGUUCCUGAGACAAUCGCUCUUCUUCAAGAGGCUGGGAUUAGAGUAUGGGUGCUGACUGGAGACAAAAAAGAAACUGCAGUGAACAUUGGGUACUCUUGCAAGCUACUCCACCCUGAAAGCAGAUUACUGGAGUGGCAGGAACUCAGGGAGAUUCUCCAGUCUGCAGACCCACAGGUCAGCUUCUUCAAAGCCAAGCAGACAGAGCUGUGGGCUACACACAAGGAGAUGGCAAGAGCAAAAACUUCUGUGGUCCUCACCGGACCUGAACUGGCAGAGUUUGAGGAGAGACCAGAGUGGGGGGCCUCCUUCAUGAGCCUGGCGGAGCAGUGUCAGUCAGUGCUGUGCUGCAGAGUGACGCCUGCUCAGAAAGCUGAGAUCGUGGAGUUGGUCAGGAAGCACACUGCCUCGAUCACCAUGUCCAUUGGUGAUGGAGCCAAUGAUGUUAACAUGAUCAAGACGGCUCACAUUGGAGUGGGGCUGGCUGGCAGGGAGGGAGGUCAGGCCGUCCACAACGCAGACUUUGCCGUGUCCCAGUUUAGAUUUUUGCAAAGACUGCUGCUGGUCCACGGUCGCUGGUCCUAUCGCCGCAUCUCCCUCUUCCUGUGCUACUUUCUGUUUAAGACCUGUGGUUUUGCUCUUGUGCACAUUUGGUUUGGGAUCCUUAAUGGCUUCAGUGCUCAGUCUCUGUACGAGACAUGGUUCAUCGCUCUCUACACUGUCUUCUACACGGCAACGCCGGUGAUGUGCAUGGCUUUUUUUGAACAGGACGUGAGUGCAGAGAGCAGCCUGAAAUUGCCUGAACUAUACAAGAGUGGACAGAAGAAGGAGCUCUCCAGCCCUAGAAAGCUGAUCACAUAUCUCCUGUAUGCUGUCUACAUGUCACUUGUUCUCUUUUUCAUCCCAUGUGGAGUUUUCUACAACACGGACUAUGAUUACCAGACCAUGGCGGUCACUGUCUCGAUGGCUGCAACCUUCGCUGUUACAAUUGAGAUUGUGAUACUGACCAAAUACUGGACAAAGUUCAACAUUGCAGCUCUGUGCGUCUCGGUGGUUAUGUUCUUCAUCUGUAGCAGAAUCACACACAGCACCCGCCUUUUUCAGAGCUCGCCCGCCGACUAUUUCUUCCUUGGUGUGUCUGAAAAGGCCUUCAUUGAUCCAAUGGUCUGGCUCACAGCUUUGCUCACAGCUUGGGCUGCUGUUCUGCCCUCAGUUACGUCUCACGCCUUCAGUGUCAUUCUCAGCGUGCACAACAAACACAAGAUACACAACUCAUCCCCUCCUCCAGUGGAGCUCAGGUCAAGGUUCGCAAGAGGGUCAUCUCUCCGUCGGUCAUCGUACGCCAUCUCUCAGGGUGCCGGACCUGGACGCCUCAUUAAUUCAACGACUAGCAUCCAGAGAGCAGAGGUGUUAAAGGAAGAGAAAGUAUCUACAAGUAAAAAGCUAUGAGAUAUUUGAGGUCAAAGUCUAAGCAAUGCUUCUGCAUGGUGGUGUGCCAAAGUGCUUUCAGUCAUUCUAUUUCUGAGUCAGAGUAGAUCCAAUGUGAGAUAAGAAGUUGAAUGCGGUGCCCCACAGAGGGCCUGGGAACUUUGUAUCUGUUACAGAAGAUCUGAUGCAGGCUUUGCAGGUGAACAGAUAUGGAACGCUGAAUAACGUUUCAGUCAGGUGAUUUAUAAUUGAUUAGUGGUCAGUCCAGUCUGCAUUCACUCUACUGAAGCAUGAAUGAUUCGUUGCAGAGCUGUGGAUAAUAAGUCUUUUAGUAGAGUGCUGGUCAUUCCUGUGCCAUUUUGUAUCUUUAAAGUUUUUUUUUUUCAUAUUUCAUAUUUGACCUUUUCUGCAACAAAAUGGAGCUGUCGAUCGCCAGACCUCAUUUACUGACCAUGCAUCAAUUCGUACCUGCUGGGGUUGACAACUGAUGGUUGAAAGUUGCUGGACUUCAUUUAUUCUGGUUUGAUUAGAAGUUAUAAUCUGCCAUAAGUUAGCAGAGUGAACUGACCUGGUCAUGGAUCAGAAC